GCGCUGCUGCUGCCGCCGCCCGAGCUGGAGCAGUCUCCGCGUCCCCCGCGCGGGCCCCGACCCCUUCGCGCUGAGACCCCGGCGUGCCCGCGGGAUAGCCUUCAGCCUCGGGCCACCACCUCGGGGCAGACUCUGCAGAGUUCUGCCCUGCCUCCUUCCUGCCUGCCCCCAUGAAGAAAACCAACAUGUGGUUCUUGGAGCGGCUUCGGGGAUCUGGGGAAAACAUCAGCCCUGGGAGUGAGGCAGGGGACAAGGGAUCCAAGGGACCCCUAUACAGCAAUGUGCUCACUCCCGACAAGAUCCCUGACUUCUUCAUACCUCCCAAGCUGUCUGCUGGCCCCCCAGAUCCCGAAGGGCAGGCAGAGCUGGGCCCUGCGACAUCGGAUCAAAACCUGGCCUUGGGGACACCCCGCCGAGCCCCCCGGAGUCCCCGGCUGCCUGCCAAGCUGGCCGCUGAGAGCAAGAGCCUGCUGAAGGCAGCCACCCGGCACGUGAUCCAGAUCGAGAGUGCAGAGGACUGGCCGGUGGAGGAGGCUGCCACCAACGCAGACCCACAGGCCCAGGGCGCCAUGUCCCUGCCCUCCGUGCCCAAAGCCCAGACGUCCUAUGGCUUUGCCACACUGGCAGAGAGCCCCCACACGCGGCGCAAGGAGUCCCUGUUUCACAGCGAGCAUGGAGCCCUGGCUCAGGUGGGGUCCCCAGGUGCCGGGCGCCGUCGGGGGGGCCCCAAGGCCAAUGGGGGAGAUGGGACGUCCAGGGAGGCUGGUGGGGCCCUCAUGAGCCCCAGCCGCUACUUUAGCGGUGGGGAGAGUGAUACAGGGUCCUCUGCUGAGUCCUCCCCCUUUGGGUCCCCUCUGCUCUCCCGCUCUGUGUCCUUGCUGAAAGGCUUUGCCCAGGACAGCCAGGCCAAAGUGAGCCAGCUCAAGCACUCAGCGGGCCGCCACGGAUCCCUGUCGGCUGAGGACAGUGCGCCAGAUGCCAGCCCCGGGGCUCGGCGCCGUUUGACCCGCAGGGCCACCCCGGAGCCGGGCCCCGAGACCGGCCAGGCGCCCCGUGCAGAGCAUGCCGUAAGGAUGGGCCCUCGGGGCAGUGUUCGGCUGCUGGCAGAGUACGAGGCGGCCCAGGCCCGCCUGCGGGUGCGCCUGCUGGCCGCCGAGGGCCUCUAUGACCGGCUGUGCGAUGCUCGUAGCAUCAACUGCUGUGUGGGCCUGUGCCUGGUCCCCGGCAAGCUGCAGAAGCAGCGCAGCACCAUCAUCAAGAAUAGCCGCCACCCCGUCUUCAACGAGGACUUCUUUUUCGAUGGCCUGGGGCCGGCCAGUGUCCGGAAGCUGGCCCUCAGGAUCAAGGUGGUCAACAAGGGUGGCAGCCUCAAGCGGGACACGGUGCUCGGGGAGAAGGAGCUGCCGCUGACCUCCCUGCUCCCUUUCUUGUGAAGGCCCCUCCCUCCCGAGGGUGCAGAAGGAAGACCCCACCUCCCCUCUCACCCCAGUCCCCAUGGGCAGGAGGCCCUUGGCCAGGCCAGUGGAGGGGGCUGGGGUGGGGGGUGUUCAAGCUCGGGCUGGGGCUGCAGUCAAUGCUGGGGUGACUGGGCUGCUGACAGUGACCAGAAUGCUAUUUUUCAUGGAUUAAUUUUUUUUGCAAGAGGAAGAAAGGUGGCAGCCAUGAAAGAGAAAGGGACACUUUGCAGGGCUGAGCGAUCCCCCUCGCCGCCCUGAUCCCUAAGUUCUCCGCGGCCUUUCCCCUUCCAGAGUUCUGGAAAGGGGUUCUCAGGGUGGGGGCUGGGGGGCCGGGACCUGUGCCUGGAGGCAGUUGAUGUGGAUCACAGACCUAGAGGUGACCAGUCCUGAGGCCGAGCCUCGUCUUUUCCUUGGCUGUCUGGGAGUCCUCCCGGCCCAGCCCACGAGACACCCCCUCCCAUGCCAGAGAGGGUGCCAGGCCUGGGGUCUGCCAACAGCACCCACAGGGCCCCGGAGGCACAGCACAUCAGGGAGGAGUGUGCCACGCUGCUCUGACUGAGAACCAGCACCUGGCAAAAAGACAGGCAGAGGGAGGUGGUGCCGCUGCAGAGCGGGAUGCGGAGGAGGCCCCAGGAGGGCGCCAGUCAGCUCUCCUGUGUGCGGGCUUCCUCCGGCGCCUGCCCUGUCGCGCCCGGUCGGUCGGUUGGUCGGGCUGGCCCACCUCACCGGAGACCCUGUGGGGACGUCCAGAGCCUGCCUCCCCGGGGGGGGGGCGGGGCUGCUCAGAACAGGCCCAGAGAGUGGCCCCCGGCGCCCAUCCCCCCUCUUCCCUGUCCCUCCGGGGCCGGGAGCUGCCACCCUGCCAGCCUCCUGCGCAGCACCCUUGGCAGCCGGAUGCCAGGGAGUGAUAGUCAGGGACUGAUGGCUGGACUUGACUUCAGGUGGUAAAUGGAUUUUGGUUAGUGCGGGUGGGACGGAGGGAUGAAGCUGGCACGCUAGGAGGACCCUGGUUGUGCUCCUUUGUGCUGCUGGGCCUCUGCAUGGGUUUAAUUGUGUCAGCGUGUGCGUCCUUGAAUGAUGCUUGUGGACCUUUCCCAGCAUAACAACAGAAAUGGUACGGCUUGAAGCAGGGGCCGGGCCAGGCCAGCUGUGCCUGUUUGCCUGUCCUGGCCCACCUGGUGGGCAUGCUUGGACUGGGGCAGACCAGGAUGGGGAGACCCUCCCCAUCAAACACUGUCCCGACCAGGCUCCUCAGUCCCGCUGGGGGAGGGGUGGAGGGCACCUCAUAGCCCUGGAAAGCACUUGUUCCCCUUCGUACUUCCAGGAGAAUUUGGGGCCUUGGAGCUGAGGCCGCUUGCCGCCUCCCCUUGCCCCCUACCUCUGUCCUCGGCCUGCCCCUUCAUGCUCCCUGCUCCCAGUGUCAGAGGGGCUCUGGAGCCUGGGGACCGCCCAGGGCUGGAACAGGUGGACAGAGAGGUCCCUGUAUUGAGUUAGAUGCUUGGGGCUUGCACCGUCUCCCUUCCCUCUGACCCUGACCUCCGAUCCCUGCUUUCUUUCUGGGGAGGGCCCGUUUUAUAUGCCCCUGUACUAUUUGAUAUCUUUGUGUUCCGUGUUGACUGUGGGUAAAUCUUCAAGACACCCUCCCCCAAGUGUGUUUGUUUAUAAAUGCUGUUUUUAGUGCAAUAAAGGUGUUUCAGGAGUGCGGGGGUGGA